AUGAAUUCCACUGACCGUAUUCCAGAAUUUAAUUAUUCUGUACUAGAAUUCCUCUCAAAGAGCAAUGUAUCCCUGCAUGUAUCAGGGAAUGAAAGCCAUAUGCUGACUGUGGAGGAACUGAAACAAAUGCUUUUUUUGUUUGCCAAAGAACCUGUUACUAUCAGCCUCACUGCCAUGUAUAUAGUAUCCUUUGUAGUGGGUAUCAUUGGCAACAUCAUGUCAAUAAAAGUACUGACCAGAAAAAGAACUGGCAGGACAUCUAGUUUAAGUGCCACCAGAAGCCUGCUUAUCAAUCUGGCAAUAUGUGACCUCAUGGUAGUUUGUAUUUGCAUGCCAAUUACAGUGGGCAACUUGAUAUACAAGGCAUGGGUGUAUGGAGAUUUCCUCUGCAGAGCAGUGCCUUUCAUCCAAGCUGUAUCUGUAUCUGCCAGUGUGCUGAGCCUUACAGUCAUUAGUGUGAACAGAUAUUAUAACGUACACAACCCGCUUAAUGCUAGAUCUUUCUUUACCCAGAAGAAAAUAUUUUUCACUAUUGUUGUAGUGUGGGUAUUUUCAUCAAGCAUCUGCAUGCCUCUGAUAUUCAUGAAUAAAAAGGAUGAAAUACAGAUAGUCCCAGACUUGCCACUGGUAUUUCCAAUUUGCAGAGAAAUAUGGCCUCAUGUCAUGUUUAAACAAGCCUAUAAUUUUCUUCUAUUCUGCUCUCUGUAUUGUCUGCCAGUUCUAUUCAAUAUGGUAAUUUGCUUCUUGACCAUACGUAAACUUUGGAGCUCAGAAUUUAACUUCAAAGAAUGUGACUCUAGGAACCAAUCAUUUCCAGCUUCCAGGCUAAAAAUAAGGAAAAAAAUUGCAAAAAUGGUGGUGGCUUUAGUGUCCCUUUUUGCUGUGUCUUGGCUUCCUGUGUACAUGUUGGAUAUUUGGAUAGACUUUAACAUUCCUCAGUCAUCUCAAGAUGUUGCUCCAUCUCCUUGGAUUCUUCAGUUGAGACCCUUUGCUCAAUGGCUUGGUCUUACUAACUCCAGCCUCAACCCAAUAUGUUACUGUUUCGUGGGAGAUCUCUACAGGUCAGCCAAGCACAUGAAGGAUAUGUAUCAAAACAGGAUGAGUUCUCUAUUUAGUUUCUCAUUUUCUGAAGGAUCACCAGCAUCAAUACCCAAGCUGUUAUCAUACAAGAACUCCAUGCACUCUACAAAAAGAUCAAAACAAAACUGUCCUUUGGCAAUGGGUGAUAAAUGUGAAAACUGCUAUCCUGUUAUAAGUAUUUGUGAAAUAUCUCCAGAGGACACCCAUACAAUAUCAUCAAAAAUAACAAUAUAGAGAUAUUUCUGUCAACUUGCCAAUAUCAUGAAUUCAUGCUCACUGUCACCUCACAACAAUGAAUGUAUAAUUUGCAAUUACAAUUAAUUUAUAGACUUAACUGGCAGAUAAAGACAAAAUGAUUGUGCUAUGCAUUAUUUAUCAGAUGCAGUGAUUCAUUUAUUUACUUACACAU